CAGUAGGACGUCAGUUCAUUCAGAACAGUCGAAGGGCGCGAACCUCUAAAAAGAAACCGCUAGGAGCCGCCAGGAGUUGACCUCCCAGUCAAGAAUCCUAUUUGGGACACAGUCGCCAAACCAGUUAAGAGCAUUAUGCGACACAACAGCAACUCCAAUCCGGUGCUGCAGCUGGCACUGGUCCUCUGCCUCAGCCAGCUGUUUUUGGUCGAGAUCCGGGCUGUGCCCGCUUCGGUGCUAGCCCAGAACACGGAGCUCUCCACCAGCGCCAACAACAAGCACCAGCAGCAGCAACAACUGGAGAAGCUACAGGAGCAACAGCAGCAGCAACAGCCGGCAGCAGUGAAACGCUCAGCGGAGGAGACAACCUCAGAGCCAUUGGCCAACAAGAAGUCAAGUCCGGAAAUUGUGCCCGCAUCCUAUAGCAACGCCCCCGCAGCCAGGAGCAGUAGCAACAGUGCCAGCCCGUCGCAACAGGUGCCUGCCGGAGUCUAUGCAUUGCCCAGCAAUGAAGAGAUCCUUGCCGCUGUGGCUGCCGCCGCUCAGAAUAGUCAGCAACAGGUGCAGGAGGAGCCCACCGCCCUGGAGGAGGCGGUGGCCAGUUCCACGAUGCGCAAGCGGGGCAUCAACUAUGAGUACAACCCGUACCUGCCCGCCAGCACUGUCUCGGACUACGGCAACGAUGUGCCCAGCGGCGUUUGGUCCGACGACUACGAGGCGGCGGUUCCAGUUGCCUACGGGGAACGGGAUCUCCAGGAGAUCGAUGACUAUGUGCCAGAGCGAAGAGUAACUGGAACUACUGGUCGCAACAAAGCCUACGAUAAUCUGCAAAAUCUUCUGAAUGCCGAGGCCUAUCUCGAGAGCAUUCCCCUCUCAGUUCCGCUGACCUAUGCCAACCGGAACUAUAACUUGGAUGACCGGAACAAGCGCGGCAUCUACUACAAUCUGGGCAACUCUGCCGGAAGUGGUUCCAGCAGUGGCAGUGGCUACAAUAGCGAAAAUAUCAAUCUGAGCAAAUACCGUCGCUUCAACGAUAUGCGCCUGAAACGAGACACCACUAAGCUGAAUCCCGCCGAUAUGCUGGCCCUGGUUGCUCUGGUAGAAGCUGGAGAACGGGCGCGCAAGGAGAGCGACGUGGAGAGCUCCGGACCAGUGCCCAUGAUUUCUUCCGACGACCUGGAGUACAUGCCUCAGGCUACAUGGCUAGAUGCACCCGUGCAGGCCCAGCCCUCGCUGGUGGACUACUAUGGAAUGCCCCUGGAAGCCCAGAACCAAGUAAUUCCAAAAUACGAGUAUGUGCCCCGGCAGCACAAGUACAGCGGAGUCAAUAGCCGAUUUGGGUCCUCGAAACAGCGAUACAUGGUGGCCAAAAAGAAGCGUUCGGUCAGUCAGAGCCAGUUCAUGAACGAGGCAGUGGGCGAUCGAAGCUCCAGCUAUAAUGGCGAGAAAUACUAUUAGAUAUCGGUAGCUAUCGAUAUUUUGUAGUAGUUAAUGGCGCGAUACCGAGAGACCCCCGGGGAAUAAUCAACGUUUUCUUUGAACAUUGAACAUAAUCCAAUUAAAUAAAUUAAAUAGGGAGAGACAAAUAUCCGAAAUUUCCAUUUCAAUUAUAGUAAUGCGAUAGAGUCAAUGUCAACUCGUGUGCAAUUUUUAUGUAGAAUUUCAAUUUUAAACAGCUAACAAGAAUUAAACUAAUGUAAUAUGCAUAUGAACAUUAUAUUGUACGUCGCGAACAUAAUCAAAUCAAUGUUUUUAGGCAACUAUUUUGUCCCACGAAACCUAAGCUAACUUAUCUAUCUAUGGAAACUAAAUGUACAAUUACGAAAACCCAAACGAAACCGAAACUAUCAGUAUAUACUUGUGUAAUACUAAUCGAACUAGAGGCUUCCCGACUAGUACAAAAAAAAAGGAUAUGGAUCUAUAUAUGUGGCCGGAAUUGGCCAACUUUAAUCGAGCUCAUAUGCGACAAUUGUCAGCUUAAUCCGCUUUAGUUUAACCAGAUAUUUUUUCUAAACACGUUUGGAAAGGCGCAAGGACAUCGCGCUACUUUCCACCUGUUCUGUGCUACAUGAGGUAAUCAUUUUAUAAGGACAACACGCCGACUUGGGGACAAGACGAUCAAAUGGACAUUUGAUGAGGAUUUUAAUCGUAUAUAACUAUACUGAAAUACUGAAUAUCCGCAGCUAACUAAUUGGUAAUAAUAUAUAUAACUAUAUGUAUACAAUAUGCAGAGUGUCGGUCUAAAAUUUAAAAAGUGGUAAACAGCGUAAAUAUUUAAAAUAUUUGAUGCAGAGAGAGGCAUACAUUUAAUUUAAAUGGAAUUGUCUGACUGUUUUUUGGUAAUAAUCAAAUAUACAUACAUAUGUACUAUGGAUAAAAUAAAUUAUAUUACUUAUACGGACAUAAACCUAAUUGAGAAGUAUUUAAAAUGCAUUAUUAUGUGUGUGUGUAUACAAUACAAUAUGAAAUAUAUUUAAACACUCAAGUAAUUUUACAAGAAUAGUUUUCCUUACACUUUUUGGCCUUUCAUUUUACGCCUUAGGUUCUUUGCGAGCUUAAUUUGAAACUUGAAAUACAAUAUAUUUGUUUACCAACAACUGAUUUACCUUUAAAUAAAUAUGUUUUUGGUUUGGAAACCAA